UUGAUCACCACCACCGUAUCGUACUGAAAAUAAAGCAGACGGAUUCAGGUCUAGGGAACUUCAUUGGGGAUUUUUUUUCUCGUAAUCGUAGUUUACCUCACAACAUUUCUGCAUGGUAUGACGAAAUCUUAAUUUAGCCACCUGUAGUGUAGUCCACAUCCUGACUGAAGUUGGUGAUGAUAAUCCAAUGAGUAUGUUCACUCGCUGACAAACAGCUAUGUCUCCAAAAUGCUUAGCAACAAUCUCAUCAUCUAAGAAGAAAUCGUCAUGAAAUGUAUCACACCAAAUCCAAAGUUACCGUUUAGUGAUCUAAACAUGCUAAGUUACAAUGGCCUGCCAUCUCGACCCCAGCGUACACAGACGCGUAACAUGACCGGCAUAUACCUUGGCCAUGAGGAGAGUGCUAAUAACAAGUCAAAAAAGAACACCAUACCCCCAUUGGCAAGAGGAAGGGGAAUGACAUGCCGACAGAAAACACCCGUAGAGAGAAGAAGAUAUUCCGUUUCACUACAGCUACCAGCUAACGACCCCGAUUUUGUAUCUCACUCCCUCCUCUGCCUCUAUACAACUCAACAUGACCCACCAAUCUUGGUGCCGUACACACAACCGAUGAUUCUACGACACCCAAACCUUCGUUCAAAACAACAGCAGAGAGUUGAAUCGCUCCGAAGCCGAGAUGAACACCGGGGAUUCAAUCCAAUGCCUAUAAAGAAAGCUAAGCCUCGAACUGUAACAACAUGGAAGACAGAUGACCGGGCUCAGUCCCCAUCUAAAUGCUCUAGAUCACCAUCAGAAUUUUGCAGCCUACCAAAAAAAACUGGACGGAAUUAUGUAGCUGUAGCCAAUAGUGGAUAUACUCAUCUGGAAAGUCUAGGCUCACCUCAUGGCUGGAACCGCAACGAGAGUGAAGGGAACCUAACCUCCUCUUUAAUGGAGGAAAUCCAACCUGAAGAGACACAAAGUAACAUGCCAGGCAUUCAAAGCUUGCUUCCCCAUCUGAAGGCAGGUGUCACAACUAAAACAAAAGGUGUAAACACACCAUUAACUAUCAGAAGCUUUAGAAACCCCCAGAACCCUCAUCCAGUUAUUCAGUAUAGUGACCCACAAGCACGCCCUCAAACGUUACCGUCUUCCGCUUGUCGGCCGGCUGUUCCUGCUCCUUACUAUUAUAGUAGUAAGAACUUACCAAGGACAGCUGAAGAAUCAGGGAGUAGAGUAAGGUUGCAACGUGUGCAAGGAUCAGGAAAAAAUAGAGAUAAGAUAUUAGCAGCACCUGGAGUUGGAUCUCUGACACGGUCAGCAAAUCGUAAGCGAGGCACACCAGUAGAUCCCCCAUCCUGCAUUGAAGGUACACCACCGCCUACUAAUCCCAACCAAGCAAAGAUUAUGGAUGAUCCUGGGGAUUACUACCGGGAACUGAGGGUGCCUAGUGGGACACCUGCAACGUCUGCUACCAACUUAGCAAAACUUGGAACCAAUCGCAGCGCAGUCUCUUUCAAUAGUGAUGCUGUAGUCGCAUCAGACCUUCCAGGUAAUGAGGUAGACAGAACAAUUCCAGGAUUUGAUAGCAGUAUUCAGCAGUCAAGGUCUUCACCAGCAUCAGACUCAUCGGUUGAUGCAGACAUCCUCGAGGCUGCCAACUUGAACAAUUCCAACAACAUCAAUAUUGGUAACUUAACUCUGACUGAGAAAAAAAGCCCAGAACAAAUUGUCUCCGAGGAGGGAGAUGAUGCCCCAAAAUACCAAAGUAACAGUGACCAAUUAUCUGACCAAAUAGUUAUGGACACGGAACGCAAAAAGGCGGAAGAGGGAGAGGAAGGGGAUAAUGAUGGAAGUGUUAGGGAUAGCUCAGGACCAAACAUUAUCAUAUCUGUACAGGAUGAUGAGGGCCAUAGUAAGAUGUUGAAUAUUCAGGAGGAAGAUUUCACGCAAGGUACUAUUGUGACAAAGAAAAGACCAUUAUUAAGAUUUUCCCAAAUAGCUGAAGCAGUUCGAGAAGCUUCGAAGAGGAAACAAAUGGAAUUCCAGACCCUUCUUGAAGAGCAUGCAGAACUUGUUUCUCAGAUUGAGGAAAUGGAACAGAAGAAUAAAACUGGUGCUUAGAAAAAGACUGAAAAUUAAUCCACCAAACCA